GAAUCCCGGCCGUAGAGGUUGUCGUGAGGCGCGCCUCGAGGAGAGCGGACGUGCGCCCUGCCCAGCAGUGUCGACCACCAAACACUCCACACGCUGAAGAAUGUGCUUGUAGCGAAAACCGUCACCAGUCCAAGAGGGCAACCAGAGCGAGUGAACGAGUGUACAGAGUGAACGUAGCCUAGUGGCGUGUACAUAAGUGUGUACAUAAGAGUGAUCGGUGGUGCUGGUGGAAGCCAGCGUCUGGCCGUUGUUCGUGGAUACCGUGUAUCCUCUGCUGCCGUCCUUCUGCUGAACAGGGCCGCCCGACGCCCGCCGCUACUCCAGCAACCAUGGCUGACACGGGCAGAACAGAUUCGUACCGCCACGCUACGGAUCGUAACGUCCCUGAUGAUAACCGAACUGUGAAGGGAGACCCCAAGUCAAAAAAGAAGAAUGUCAAGGGCAAGAGGAAAGGGGAGAAGGAGAAGGAUAUGGACAACCUGAAACAGGAAUUGGAACUCGAUGAACACAAGGUCCCCAUAGAAGAACUCUUUCAGCGCCUCUCCGUCAAUCCUGACACAGGUUUGACACAGGCCGAGGCUCGCCGCAGGUUAGAAAGGGACGGCCCCAACGCCCUCACCCCUCCCAAGCAAACUCCAGAAUGGGUCAAAUUUUGCAAGAACUUGUUUGGUGGAUUCUCACUGCUGUUGUGGAUUGGUGCCAUUCUCUGUUUCAUUGCUUAUUCCAUUGAGGCUGCAUCAGAGGAGGAACCCAACAAUGAUAACCUGUACUUGGGCAUUGUGCUCACUGCUGUCGUAAUCAUCACAGGCAUCUUCUCAUACUACCAGGAAAGCAAGAGUUCCCGUAUCAUGGAGUCCUUCAAAAACCUUGUUCCUCAGUAUGCCAUUGUCAUCCGUGAGGGUGAGAAACUGAAUGUUCAGGCUGAGGAACUAUGCAUAGGUGACAUCAUUGAUGUUAAGUUUGGUGAUCGUAUCCCUGCUGACAUGCGAGUCAUUGAAGCUCGAGGUUUCAAGGUCGACAACUCUUCACUCACUGGUGAGUCUGAGCCACAGAGUCGCUCUCCUGAAUUCACAUCUGAGAAUCCUCUUGAGACCAAGAACCUUGCCUUCUUUUCCACCAAUGCUGUUGAAGGCACUUGCAAGGGUAUUGUAAUCAAUAUUGGUGACAAUACUGUGAUGGGUCGUAUUGCUGGUCUGGCCUCUGGCUUGGAAACUGGAGAGACUCCAAUUGCCAAGGAGAUCAGUCACUUCAUCCACAUCAUUACUGGUGUGGCUGUCUUCCUGGGGGUUACAUUCUUCAUCAUUGCCUUCAUCUUGGGUUACCACUGGCUGGAUGCUGUUGUGUUCCUCAUUGGUAUCAUUGUGGCCAACGUGCCCGAGGGUCUGCUGGCCACUGUCACUGUGUGUCUCACCCUCACUGCCAAGCGUAUGGCUGCCAAGAACUGCUUGGUCAAGAACUUGGAAGCUGUGGAGACCCUGGGUUCAACCUCUACCAUCUGCUCUGACAAGACUGGCACCCUCACUCAGAACCGUAUGACCGUCGCCCACAUGUGGUUUGACAACACCAUCAUUGAGGCAGACACCUCAGAGGACCAGUCAGGCUGCCAGUAUGACAAGACCUCUGAUGGAUGGAAGGCUCUCUCCAGGAUUGCUGCUCUUUGCAACCGUGCUGAAUUCAAGACAGGCCAGGAGGACGUGCCCAUCCUGAAGCGAGAGGUAAACGGUGAUGCUUCCGAGGCUGCCCUGCUGAAGUGUGUGGAACUUGCUAUUGGAGACGUGAGGGGCUGGCGUUCCCGCAACAAGAAGGUCUGUGAGAUUCCUUUCAACUCCACCAACAAGUAUCAAGUGUCCAUCCAUGAGACCCAGGACAAGAACGACCUCCGCUACCUGCUUGUGAUGAAGGGCGCUCCUGAGAGGAUCCUCGAACGAUGCUCCACCAUCUUCAUGAAUGGUGAAGAGAAAGCUUUGGAUGAGGAGAUGAAGGAAGCUUUCAACAACGCUUACUUGGAGUUGGGUGGGCUUGGAGAGCGUGUGCUGGGCUUCUGUGAUUACGUCCUGCCCUCCGACAAGUACCCCCUCGGCUAUCCCUUCGAUGCUGAUGCUGUCAACUUCCCUGUGCAUGGUCUUCGAUUUGUCGGGCUCAUGUCCAUGAUUGAUCCUCCCCGUGCUGCUGUGCCCGACGCCGUGGCCAAGUGCCGUUCUGCUGGUAUCAAGGUUAUCAUGGUUACUGGUGAUCAUCCCAUCACUGCCAAGGCCAUUGCCAAGUCUGUCGGUAUCAUUUCUGAGGGCAACGAGACUGUAGAGGACAUUGCCCAAAGACUUAACAUUCCCAUCAAGGAGGUCGACCCCCGCGAGGCCAAGGCUGCUGUAGUCCAUGGCUCCGAGUUGAGGGACAUGACUUCCGAACAGCUGGAUGAUGUCCUUAUCCACCACACUGAGAUUGUGUUCGCCCGUACCUCCCCCCAGCAGAAGCUCAUCAUUGUGGAGGGCUGCCAGCGAAUGGGAGCCAUUGUAGCUGUAACCGGAGAUGGUGUGAAUGACUCCCCUGCUCUCAAGAAGGCCGAUAUUGGUGUGGCCAUGGGUAUCGCUGGAUCCGAUGUGUCUAAGCAGGCUGCUGACAUGAUUCUGUUGGACGACAACUUUGCUUCUAUUGUCACUGGUGUGGAAGAGGGCAGGCUUAUUUUUGAUAACCUGAAGAAAUCCAUUGCCUACACCCUCACCUCCAACAUCCCUGAGAUCUCCCCCUUCUUGUUCUUCAUGAUUGCCUCCGUGCCUCUCCCUCUGGGCACUGUUACCAUCCUCUGCAUUGAUCUGGGUACUGACAUGGUCCCAGCUAUCUCUCUCGCCUAUGAAUCUGCAGAGAGUGAUAUCAUGAAACGGUAUCCACGAAAUCCAUUCAAAGACAAACUUGUCAACGAAAGGCUCAUCUCCAUGGCCUAUGGUCAGAUUGGCAUGAUCCAGGCUCUGGCUGGAUUCUAUGUGUACUUCGUCAUCAUGGCUGAGAAUGGGUUCCUGCCUCCCAUCCUCUUUGGCAUCCGUGAGCACUGGGACUCCAAGGCCAUCAACGAUCUGGAGGAUUACUAUGGCCAGGAAUGGACCUACCACGACCGCAAGAUCCUUGAGUACACCUGCCACACUGCAUUCUUCGUGGCCAUUGUGGUGGUGCAGUGGGCUGACUUGAUCAUCUGUAAGACCCGCCGUAACUCCAUCCUUCACCAGGGCAUGAAGAACAUGGUGCUUAACUUUGGGUUGUGUUUCGAGACCACACUGGCUGCCUUCCUCUCCUACACACCAGGCAUGGACAAGGGUCUAAGGAUGUAUCCCCUCAAAUUCUACUGGUGGCUGCCAGCUCUCCCCUUCUCAUUUCUCAUCUUCGUGUACGACGAGUGUCGCCGGUUCGUGCUGCGCAGGAACCCUGGUGGCUGGGUGGAGAUGGAGACCUAUUAUUAAGGUUUGUAGUGAGCACAAGUUUACAAGAGCUCAAGAGCGUGGCCACCACCAGCAGCCUCCUCCCUCACAGCCAGCACUUGCAUCACCGUCAGUCCUCUGUGAUGUCUGGGGAUUGGAACUGUUGUAUUAUAACCUUCAAAAGAAAUGCUAUACUUUAAUUAGAAACCAGAGAAUAUAUAACAACCAAGUGUUGGUGGCUCAGUAAUGUGCUCUGUCAAAUGAUUCCAUUGCUUAUUUCUAUGUUACUUACUGGGGAUUUUAGUGUCAUUAUGGUUGUUUCUAAUUUCCCCAUUGUUAUAUAUAAGAUUUGCAGUAAGUAACAUUGAGAUAUUUGUACAGAAUCCUGGUGAAAGCAUGUAUUAAAGAGAAAAAGUGACAUAAAAAAAAUGCAGGAAACUUGGACUGAGGCUCCUGAGCCUCGCCUGGCCAGGGUGCAGGUGUGAGAAAGCAGGGAGUUCUGGAGGGCCACUAUAAAAAAUAGAUAUAUAUAUUUAAUAUUAACUAAUACAAAAAUAUAUAUUAUAAAUUAUAAAGUAUAUAUAUAAAUAUAUAUAUAUAUAUAUUCAUUGACACACACACACACACACACCAUACCUUACAGGUACAGUCAAAGAUGCAUGGACCUCACACACACCCACACACACGCACACACCGUUUUUAGACAUCCACAAGUGCGUGUGUUUGAAACACUCGCGCACACAAAACAGACAUGUGGUGUACAUCCAAACACAAGACACACACACAUGCAUACACACAUGUAUGUAUGGCUCAAGAAAUAUUAAUAUGAAAAAACCCACUGUGGUGUUUAGAUGGAAAACUUUGGUUUCUUACACAAGUAGCCCUGGCAAGUUUGUCUCAUCUGUUAACUUUUGUGUAAAUUUUAGUGCACAUGAGUAGAAGUGUGAUGGCUACAGAAGUGCAGCCAAAAAACAAGUGUAAAAAAUGUGUAGAUAGUGUGUAGACAGCCCCUAAUCUUCAUACGACGACCUAUAGUUUGCAAGAAAAGUUUUCAUAAUCCAUCAUUCGGAAUAAACUUGUUACAGCUGUCCUGCUCAAACCUUCUCCCAUGUUCGUUGGUUCAUGUUUUAACGCUGAGGUUUUAUUUUAUGUUCUCCCUCAAUCAGUGGAUAUGUAUUAACAUUUUUACAUAUGUGCAGUAAAAUCUGAAAAAUAAUACAUUUUAACUUAAAAAUAACUGUGUAAUUUAAUUUGAUCCCUUCUAUAGCAAUGCCUUAUCUUCUCUUGAACUACUUUGGUUCUUAAAUUUAUUCAAACCAUUAUUAUUGGGUUAGUAACAUUCCACACUCCAGUAAAGCUUUGCACACUGAAUUUGCUUUUGUUUUAGAUGCCGGUCAUUGGUAGAAGUAGGAUUUUUCAUCUAGCUCUUAGGUAAGCAAAAAUUCAUAGCUCCACUCCUUAUGCUUUGUAUCUUGAGAGCGAAGCUGGUUUAGAAUGAGCGCAUGAUAUAGGACGAAUGCAUGACUACAGUGUAAUACAAUUACUGACCAUUUUUUCCUUGUUAACCAAAGAGCAUUCAUCAUACAAAAUUGAGCCUUCUACCUCUGUAGUUCCUGCUCAGCUUCUACCAAGUCAUACUGAAGCUUAGUUUUUGAUGUAAACAUGUGUAGUUUGUGGCCAAAUAAAUUACGAUGAGUGGCUGAAAUGCCUGGUUGUCUAAUGCUGACCAUUUGGAAUGAAUCUCGUGGACAACAAUACUGUUAUGUGUUUACUACAAAAACUGUGCUAAAAUCUAGCUGCCAGGUGUAGGGUUUUGUUGGUUUAGAUUUUAUUUGAUCCUACUGUAUGUGUCUGGUGAUGGAGUCUUGUGGUGAAGACUCGUGACAAGCAAGGAACCAUUGCCUCUGCGGGACCUGCAGCAACACUGUGGUUCAAUGUGUUAGCCAAAUACAGUGUGAUUUCAUGCUUGUCAUCCUUCCAAGCUUCAUACUAAAGCAACUAGCUGUGGGUCGGCCUUUGUACAUAGGAGAUAAAAGAUAUCAUAAUAAUUAUUGAUAAGAGUAAUAUUAAAUAUCAUGGCAACUAUCUUAUUAUAAUGCAGCACUGUCACUUAGACUAUUUUCCUGAAGGAGGCAGGGAGGGGGCACCUGACACCAGGGGGUGGCAGAGCUCUGCUGCUCCCUCUUGCUUCCUUGCCUCAGUUUUCAUGUUCAUGAAGGAGAAAUUUUGAAAAAUGGUCACAUUUUAUUUUGGAAAAGUUAAAACAUUUGGAUCCACUUCAAAUGCUGGAUUCAACAAUAAAGUGUUCAGAAA